UAUUGAUGUAGAAUAUAGAUAUCAUUAAUACAUUAAGUAGAAAAAUAAUUAAUGAAAACAUUUACAAUUAAUUAAAUCUCCACCAAUAUCAAAAAUAAAAAGCAAAAAAUACACCUCUUAUGAAUUGAUUGCUUUAUCAAAAGAAUGCCAGACAAUUCACUUCAAGAAAGGCAGUCUCUUUCAGGAGCUUCACACACUGUUGAAUGAGUGUAUUGUCUUUUAUCUGCUUACAAGUAUAAUUCUGCACUACCAUAUUUACAUAUUUAAGCAUUAUGAGAUCAGUCACUAAUCUAAAUAAAUAUUUGUUGGUCUUAAUUUUGAAUUUAGUAUAUUUUGGGAUUUCUUAGGAGUAUCCAUCCUUAAAACAAAAAAGUCUGAAAAGAAAAUAAUGCUCAGACUUUGACUUCCUUACUCCAUUAUAAACAUACAUGUGAUUGAUGAGUAACUUUUAACAUAGUAAAGCGGUCCACCAGUGGUCAAGCAGUCUUCGUUCCCUGAAUACUGGGAUUUUGGUCGUGGAUUUGUGCCUCGUUCAACGGGCUGGCCACAUGGAGUUUUCCAGGUUUUCUCCACAUCUGUAAUGCCUAAAUAGGGGGGCCAGUUUUCCUUUAAAAGAUCUCUUGGAAGACAUCCUCCCCAGGCAGAUCACACAAGUGUUGUGUUGUCAUAACUUAAACAACAAACAAACAUAGUAAAGCAGAUUUUUAGUUUAUAAGUAAUUAGAAUUAAGUGUGUAAUUAUAGAAAAUAUUUCUAUGAAAAGUAUAGAUUAUGUGGAAAUUAAACUUAAACAGCCGAUUGCAGAGACAACGUUUAGAGACCAACGGCGGUUUACGGAUAGGGUAAACCGCUGUUCAGAAAACUUUCAUUGCAGAGACUGCGUUUCUCACCUGCCACAAUGUAGACAGUGAUUAGAAACAAGUUAUUUUGACCUAUUUUCUAGACUCACUCGACAGCAGGUUUAGAGGGCUUUUCAAUUCAAGUGGUAGCUUUGUUCGUGGAAAAGUUUAGAUAAAAACAGAUAUUGUUCCUUUCAUAAAUGUUGUAAACAGUACGAAUCGACAAAAUUAUUCAUUAAUUAAUUGCUUGGAGCAAAAACAACAAAAUUAAAUACGAGGCGUGUUUUUAAAGUAAGUACCGUUUUAAUAUAACGCCGCUGGAGCGCUGCAGUCGGCACUUAGCGCAUGCGCGCUGUGUACCUACAUCUGUUGGGAAGCCACAAACGCCAUUACGGAGCCAGUCGACUGUGUUUACUGUUGUUUGUGUGUUAUUGAAAUGCCGCCGCUCAUUGAGAAUCCCGCCGACUGCGAAGUGCGUGCCGUUAUUCGUUUUCUCAGUGCUAAAGGCUCGAAAGCGGCUGAAAUUCAUCGCCAAAUCAGUGAAGUUUAUGGUGAAAGCGUUAUGAGUGAAGGAAUGGUACGAAAAUGGGUUAGGGCCUUUAGUAAUGGCCGCACAAACAUUCACGAUGAGGAACGAAGUGGGCGACCUUCAGUCAUUAUCGACGAUUUGAUUGAAAAAGUGGACUGUAGAGUGAAAGAGAACAGACGAUUCACGAUUUCAUCUUUAUCUAAAGAGUUUCCUGCAGUUUCAAGAAGUGUUCUCUAUGAAAUUGUGACCGGACGAUUAAAUUAUCGGAAGUUGUGUUCCCGUUGGGUGCCGAAAAUGUUGACGGAGGAGCACAAAACCAAACGUUUGGCCAGUGCAUUGACUUUUCUUGAGCGCUACAGUGACGAAGGAGAUGAUUUUUUAAGUCGUAUUGUUACAGGCGAUGAAACGUGGGUAGCCUACGUUACACCGGAAUCAAAGCAACAAUCCAUGGAAUGGCGACAUUCAUCAUCUCCAAGGAAAGUCAAGUUCAAGCAAACAAUUUCUGCUCAGAAAAUCAUGUGCACGGUGUUUUGGGACAGAUACGGAGUGUUGCUUGUUGAUUUUUUGCCUCAUCGUGAAACAAUCAAUUCAGCUGCAUACUGCGAGACUUUAAAAAAACUGCGCCGUGCAAUACAAAACAAAAGGCGGGGCUUACUGAGCAAGGGUGUCGUUUUGCUCCACGAUAAUGCUCGUCCACAUACGGCAAAUCAAACUCAAGACCUAAUCACAUCAUUUGGCUGGGAACAAUUAGACCACCCUCCAUACAGUCCCGACCUAGCGCCGAGUGACUAUCAUUUGUUUCUGCAUUUGAAGAAGCAUCUGGCAGGGCAGCGCCAUAACAAUCACGACGAAGUCAAAACGACCGUUCUGCACUGGUUGUCUCAUCAGGCGGCAACAUUCUUUGAGGAUGGAAUACAAAAGCUGGUCCCACGAUACGAUAAGUGUCUCAAUAUUAAUGGGAAUUAUGUAGAAAAGUAGUGUAAAAUAUGGACUUUCACAUAAAUAAAAAUUUUGUUAAAAAUGUUUGCUUGUUUUUUUUAUAUUUCAAAACGGUACUUACUUUAAAAACACGCCUCGU